UAUGUAGUGCUAUCAAUGUUGGACGUGAAGGUGGCCGCUUUUGGUGGGCGCUAGUAGUAGUGGCAGUAGUGGCAGCCCUCUACGCAAGGAAACAUCAAGGAAACAACAUAAAAUUCAAUAUGGUGGUUGAUAGAUUGAUCAACUGUUGAUGACCGUCGGGGUACUGUUAGAAAAAAGCCGAAAUAAAUAGAAAUAAAGAGAUUAACAAGAACAAGUACAACAAGUAAAUAAUAAAAUGAAAAUAAACAAUAAUUAAAAAUGUUUGACAGUAUCGUCGACAAUUUAUUAUUUCGGUGGUGGACGGUCGUUGAGGGUUAAUAGUGAUGGACUUGAGGUGACUAAAGGCCGUGUUAGGCUAAACAGACAGAUUAUUAAUCAUGUGCGAUGUGUGCGCCGACUUUCACGAUCUUCUUCUCUCUUACGAAGAACGGGCCUCCAAGGAGCAGGACGAGUUGGUCAACCUAUGCAUAGCUGAUGUGGACACGAUCCUGCAAUAUGUCAACCAGUGGGUGCAAAGGCAAUGCAUGUGCUGCUAUCGGGAUAUUAAAAAUUUUGACCGAUUUUCAAGAUUGAUGCAAAGUGUUGUUCUUUCGACGCUUCAGCAACUUCAGGCUAUUCAGGAUGAGGACAAGGAGGAGGAUCGCAAUAAGGAGGGACAUGCUGAUGACGACAAUGAUGAGAAGAAAAAAGAAAAAAAUAAAACAGUGAACACGGCCACAGCUGUCGGUCAGGCCGAUGGCUCAGACAACUCGCAAUCCAAGAGAAAACAUUCCUGGUCACAGCAAGACAGGGAGAAAUUGCUUCACCUUCUUUCUAAAAUAUUUCUUUUGAACUUUCCUCUCUAUAUCGCCAUGAAACACGGUGGUGUGAUCAGUCCUAUCGCACCGAUUAAGGAUGAAGGAGGCUACUGCGAACCACACGAUCCAGAAGUGCCGGCACCUCUGAUCCGAGCUGUUUCAGUUUUUUGCCACCAAGGAGGCUUCAACAUCAUGUCCGCGUGUUUCGAUAUGGAGAACGCACUGCCGGUCGGCCUGGCACACUCUAUGGUCGCAGUUAUUUGCAAUCUCAAAUUGUGGCUGAAUUACGGGAGUGUUAUUCAGCUGUUUGUGCCUUUGAGGAGACGAGUUAUGAGGUAUAUGUGCCGCCUCGGUGACAAAGAGCUCCGAACUCCGGCUGUCAGGACUAUGGCAGAUUUCAUGUGGAGUGCGGUUAAAGACCCGAUAGACGCGGUUCUUCCGACUUUUGACAGAGACGGACUGGAUCUGGCAUUCAAGUACUUUACCAGCACAACGCUGACCAUGAGACUGGCCGGUGUGGCGCAGAUAAACGCGCAUAUCACAACAUUCAAUGAACUUUGCAACAGUGAAACUGUUGCCGAAGUCGAGCAGGUGGGUCACGCUCUUGCUGCCUGGCUGACCGAGAACAACAUAAUCGCCCAUAUAUUCGGUCCGAAUUUGCACGUCGAAGUUAUCAAGCAAAGUCACAUUGUUCUGAGUUUCCUGGCAAUGGAGGGGAGGAUUUCACCUUCGGACAUGGACACCAUGUGGCAGGCAGCCCAGUUGAAGCACUGUGGCAGGCCCGUUUACGAUCUGCUCGCGCCGCUAGUUAAGCACCUUGCGCCAACGCCUGUUCUUCAUUUGUACUCACUUCUCGGAAAAUUGGAGCCAAAGGAUCAUAACGAGCAGAGCCUCUUCCUCGCCUCUGCUUUGAUAAAGUUCAUCUGGACCUCAGGAGGUUCGGGAUACUCUGGCGGACUGGCCAUGAAAAACAGAGGGAUUCUCGUCAGCUCCAGAGGUCUCGGUGGUAGCAGCAGCAGCGACCCCAGCGGCAUGGAGGGAUCCAGCCCCGACGAGGAGGAAGAGGAGCCCAGUCCUGCGCCGUCUGACGGACCCUCACCUCGCAAACAGGCCAGAGGGGACAGCAGCGAUUGCGAAGGCAACUUCAAGACUGAGAGUUUGGAGGCGAUUCCGGUCGUCUGUGGUAUAACAGACACAGAGGAAGGCGUGGAAUUGAGAAAGGACAGCGAAGUUGGACUUCUUAGAAAAUCGGAAGAGCAACAAGAUUCGGGUUUCAGGACAGACGAAGCUUCGGAACUUAAAGAGAAGCCGCAGAGUGGUUCCGAUGCCGAGGCUGACACGGAGAAGUCAAAUACCGAGGAGAUAAACGUUUAUGAAAAAAUGAGAAAGAAGUUACUGAGAAAGAGGAAAAAGCCACUGAGAUGUCUCGAUUCAGGUACUGGCCAAUCAAACUUGGACGAUUGCGACAAGAAGGCGAAAGUUAGCGAGUUGCUUCCUGACGCCGAUGGAGUGAAGAAAAAUGAUUGUAUCCUGAAGAACACUCUGGACCAUCCGAGAUCGGAUCCGACCAACGUUGACGACACCCUAGAUCACGUCAAGCAGCAAGCAAUGGCGAUGGAGCCAAACGAUCAGCAAGUCCCAACGACGGCCGCGCUGCUCAGAAGAGCCAACAAGAGCAAAUACCUUGCCCUGGUCGGGCACGCUCACGGUAUCGAUAGAGGACCGGAUUCCGCGGAUACGUCUCAUGACGAGGAUGACAGCGACGUUGCGGUGGCAGCCGUCACGGCCGCCGAAGACACCGGUGCCGUCAUGUCCGAGUUAGCGGGACUCGUUCACUCGAGUGGGCCGCCGUUCCUUGCCUCGACCCUCGACGAAAUGCUCUCAGACGAGGAGGGCUCUUACAGCAGCCGGAUAUCGAACAAGAGCGAGAAGAACAUGGCCGAUUUUGACGGGGAGGAGAGCGGCUGCGAGGAGGAACUCGCACAGUUGGCAGCGAGGCAUUUAACUGCGAUACAGAUGCAGGCAUAUCACCAGGACCAUCAACAUCCGGCCAUGGCGCUCAGAAGGUCCAUCUGCCGGCCACCGCAGCUCAGGACUGCUCGACAGACAAUAGCUAGGCUCAGCUCGCAGUUCAAUUUGGAGACCGUUUGUAAACCCGGAAACACUUUGCUGUGGGACAUUCUACAGGAUGACAAGAUAGGCAGCUUGGGUGAGGGUCUGGCUCUGGAGGCUGAAAAAGCGCUAUGCAGUUUGCUUUGCUUCAACGUAGACAGGCUCAUACCGAUGAAAUUCAUUGAGGGAUGCUUAGAAAACUUGGCAUCCAACAGAUCGGUUGUCGUUUCUCUGAGGCUGCUGCCCAAGCUGCUGGCUAGUUUUCAACAGUUUGAUGCGAUGGACGCUCACACGAUAACCACGUGGGCGGACAGGGAGCGAGGAAUGAUGAGGCAUUUUUUCAACAACCUGAGAACGUACGCCACCAACGGGUCGAAGACUAAUCUCUAUUCUCAUCAGACUGAGGUUCAAGUGAGGCUGCAAUUUCUGUCGUCUAUAUUCUCGCCACUCGGUUCGCCAGACUCGUUCAGACUCAGUCUAGAACAGGUCGACAUACUGUGGCAGUGUCUAUCUCAGGAUUCCAUGUGCUCGGACGAACUUUUCAGCUGGCUACUCAGCCAAGCUAAAUCCACGGAACAGCACGCUCUCGGAAUGGAUACCCUUAAACAUUUGUGCAUGCGGAAGCUGCCCAGUCUUCCUCCUGAAACCAUAAGCAUGACUGGUCUCAGCUUGUUUCAACAGCUGUGCAACCUUGCCAGGCUGGCCGCCGCCCACUUGGACCGACCUUUGAGGGACGUCGAUACCGUGGGAAUGGAUUUCCUGUGGAGAAUAGCUCUGCGAGCCAAGAGCACCGACGUCAGUAUGGCUGCCAUACAGUAUCUGAACGGCUAUUACAUGUCGCGGCAGCUUACUCAGGAGGCCGAGUUUGUUUCCCAAUGCAUGAUGCAUCUAGCUGCGGCCAGUGCUGAUCUGGAAACAAACGAAGAGGCGAGUCUACGGUGUAUACAGCGUGCGUUGCUCCUGCUCAGAACCCAUUUGGAAGCCUUUAGAAAACGUUAUGCUUACCAUCUUCGAAGAUGGGCUUUGGAAGGAAGAGGCGCGGGGAGCCACGUAGCGAUGAAUACCUCGGAAAAAGGACAACAGAUAAGAAUAUUUGUUCAGCCAGCCGGUAUACCCGACAAAACCAGCUUCACCUUGCUCAGUACUGAUUUUGUCGCUGAUCUCAGGGCUGAAGUGGCAAAGUGGUGGGAUGACACCCAGAAUUCUCAGGACAAAGCGUCUACGGCUUUGGGCAACUCAAGCGCCAACGGCAGCUCUGUCCUUGGUUCGCUACUCACGGACGGGCCGAUCAGGAUGAUAACUCAGGGCCAAGAGCUGACCAUAGACUUUGACGAGAAGACCCUACAAGAAAUGGGUUUCAAGGAUGGGCAGCUCGUUUUUAUAUCUCUGGGUGCAGGUCGAGGCAGCGGAAGUGGAAGGAGUGGCAAGCGAGACGUCGACUCACCGUCUUUGCUACCACCUCCACCGAGAGAAUCGUUGCCCACUCUGCUUCUGCUUAGACCGCAAUACUUCGAGCAACUUUUUACUUUAAUGAGGACGUUGAGCGCCAUGAAGACAAUCGUCAAAGGGGGCCAAACCAUACCGCACACAAAAGCACAGGUACUUUCCAGGCGAGUUUGGGAUACCCUGACACUUUUGCCCACCAGCCCGACCCUUCUCCUCGGAUUUCAAAAAUUAGGGGAGGCCUCCUUCCCGGAAUUACUUGAUCCUGCCAGUCCUCAGAAGCUUAUGUAUUCCCUUUACAUCGUCGAGUCGCUCAGCAGAAGGAAUACGUCUAAUCAACCAACCUCAACAAGCAGCGUAACUAUCACGCCUGUUCACGAGGGCGGAGGUGACGCCGAGGACAACCAGGAGGAUAAGGACAAGGAGAUCUCAUGGGCAGCAGCCUUCGUUCAACACGGUGGACUUCGACAUCUCUUUGAUAUCUUUAUGUCCGGCUGUUUGGAGCGAGGAGACGGUAGCGAAUGGCAGCAGGACUGUCUUGCUAGCCUUUUAAAGCAGCUCUGCCACCUCGGAGUCGUCAAAGAAGAGCGGAAACGAAGUAAGGCCGACAAACUUCUCGUCCCUCGUCUCAGCGAUGCUAUGCUAGCAAUGAUGGAUGUAGAUACGGUAAUGCCGAGGAUAACUAGCAUUCUUCACGAAGCCUCUCUCCCCAGGGAUCCGAACCAUUACAAAACUGGACUGUUUGGAUGGGCCCAGGUCAUUCAUUACACGACGGCGCUACUCGUUUGCUGGGUACACAGCGAUCCCGCUGCUCGACAGUCGCUUUUCUCGUCAUUGGAACCAUUUGGCAAAUCCUGGCUAAGGCGGCUUGUUCUAGAAGAUCCCGAGCCUGCGGUUAGGAGAGAAGUAUGCACCGCCUUGUAUAGGCUGUGUCUGGGAAGCACAGGCUCCGAUGACGGAGGAACAGACACUACCAGUCUGAUCGGACCCAUGCUUUCCACGUUACUGGAGCAUCUAGUCGUUGCCGAGGCCAUGAGGCCUUUCCAUCAUAAGCCCGAUUUGCCUCUUCACUUACAUUCAGCUCUUGACGACGGGAAGGAACCAUAUGGCCCAGCGUGCAGGGAUUAUUUCUGGCUGGUAUGCAGACUGGUCGAUUCUCUGCCCGAGGAAAUUAUAAAAGAGAAUUUGGAACAGUCGUGCGUUUCGACAAUAGACAUAGAGGCCCUAGCUGUCAGAGUUAUUGAUUCUGUUUUGACCAGGGAGCAUCUUGAAACUCGUCACAACACCGUCGAAGACGAUGGUCUUGUCGGUCUCCUGAACUUGGCCUGUAAUAUAAUGAUACACAAUCCCCCUUGUAAGCAAGGUAAACUCGGACAAAAACUUCUGCACGAAGUUUUCGACUUUCUAUUCGCACUGCCCAAUCCGAGAACAAAACACGUGCCCAAAUGCAAAAGUCAAGUCUCGAGAUCAGCUGCUUUUGACUUGCUCGUUGAACUGGUUAAAUCUGCACCCGGUAAUUACAGGAUACUUCACGAGAAGUUACUCGCUCAGCACAGACCAGGACCCCAUUCUCCGUAUCCUUGGGAUUACUGGCCGCACGAAGAUGGGAGAUCGGACUGCGGCUAUGUGGGAUUGACAAACUUAGGUGCCACAUGUUAUAUGGCCAGCUGCAUGCAGCAUCUUUACAUGAUGCCGCAGGCUCGCAUUUCCAUUCUGGGUGCCGACUGCGCGGAAGCUAACAAGCAUCAGUUGACGCUCAGGGAGUUACAAAGAAUGUUUGCAUAUCUUCAAGAAUCUGAAAGAAAGGCUUACAAUCCUCGCAGUUUUUGCAGAGUGUAUACGAUGGAUCACGCACCUCUGAAUACCGGCGAGCAGAAAGACAUGGCAGAAUUUUUUAUAGAUCUCGUCUCAAAGCUUGAAGAAAUGACAAUGGACCUGAAAAAUCUUGUCAAGACUUUAUUCUGCGGCGUUAUUUCCAACAACGUCGUGUCGCUCGAUUGCGAGCAUGUCAGCAGAACGCUGGAAGAAUUUUAUACGGUCAGAUGCCAAGUGGCCGAUAUGAGGAAUCUAUACGAAAGCCUCGAUGAAGUUACGGUGAAAGAUACACUGGAGGGAGAUAAUAUGUACACAUGUUCACAGUGCGGAAAAAAAGUCAGGGCUGAGAAGAGGGCUUGCUUUAAGAAACUGCCCCACAUUUUAUGCUUUAACACAAUGCGUUACACAUUCAAUAUGGUCACAAUGCUCAAGGAGAAGGUAAAUACGCAUUUCAGUUUUCCACUAAGACUGGACAUGUCCGGAUAUGUCGAGAAGAAACUCAUGCCCCAGCAUUAUCAGGAGGAGAAAAUUGCCUCUGAAAAAAGGAAGUCUGAGAGCGAGGGUAGCUCGGGCGUUGCUGACGACAAAGAAGCCACAGAGCAUCAUCAAUACGAUUUGAUCGGCGUUACCGUUCACACUGGCACAGCGGAUGGAGGGCAUUAUUAUAGUUUCAUCAGAGAUCGAACAUCGCCGAAUAAAAACAAGUGGUUUCUGUUCAAUGACGCCGAAGUGAAGCCGUUUGACCCAAACCAGAUCGCCGCCGAGUGUUUUGGUGGCGAAAUGACCAGUAAAACGUACGACUCUGUCACCGACAAGUUUAUGGACUUCAGUUUCGAGAAAACCAACUCCGCAUACAUGCUUUUCUAUGAGUGGUGUGCCAAUCCAGGUGAUCAGCACAAAGACGACGAGGCCACAGUUUCUAGUCUGAUGGACACGCCUCAGUCUCUACAGUCACUGCAGCAGAUCAACAAUCUUCCACCUCUGGAGCUCAAUAAAGAAUUGGAAGAUUGGAUAUGGCAAGAUAACAUGCACUUUCUGCAGGACAAAAACAUUUUUGAGCACACGUACUUCAGCUUUAUGUGGCAGAUAUGUGGCUACAUACCACAAACUCUACUGUCUAUGCAACCCGACAUCACCGAGAUGUCGGCAGAGCUCUCAACUUCAUUUUUCAUGGAGACUUUCAUUCACGCUAAGGAAAAACCGACUAUGGUUCAGUGGGUUGAACUGCUCACAAAGCAAUUCAACGGUUCGGUAGGAGCUUGCGCCAGAUUUUUGGAAAGAAUGGCUGGGGAUUCCUGGUGGCCAAUUCAGAUCCUUGUCAAAUGCCCAAACCAGAUGGUCCGCCAGAUGUUUCAGCGACUCUGCAUACAUGUUAUUCAACGAUUGCGAGCCACUCAGGCUCCCCUCUACCUUGCUUGUGAUCCCGAGGGCGAUCUAAGCACCGUCGGCACCCAGUCCUGUGUCACAAGGUUUGUGAGGAUGCUGCUUUCCCUCAUGGAACAUGCUAAGCAGCACUUGAAACACCUCACUGAGUAUUUCAGCUUCUUGUACGAAUUUAGCAAAAUGGGAGAGGAAGAGACUUUGUUUUUAAUUCAAGUACAAGCCAUUUCAACCAUGGUCAAUUUCUAUCUCGGUCAUAAGACCCACGAGUUUGUAGACACUGUCAGUGAGGAGGAGGAGGAAGAGGAGGUCGUAGCCGUUCCCACUGACAAACUUAGGCCGGCAUCUCUCGACAAAAUGAUCACACUCAUCGCAGCUCUGGUGGAACGAAGCAGAGGAGCAGAUCACAGGCUGACGCUGUCCCCCGCUGAUCUGAAUGCAGUCGCUGGCGGAAAAGGGUUUCCAUUUUUGUACCAGCAAACGCGAGACGUCAUAAACUUGAAUCAGACACGGAACUUGAUUCAAUCCUUGUGUCGCUGGAACGACAGACUCGCCGUCCAUAUAGUUACGAUGAUAUUCCAGGCUAUAACCAAGCACACGGAUGUUUGCCAGCCAUUUUUCAAGCUGUUGACUUUUCUCACCGAAGGAUCUGGCCCCAGUGGCUUACCCUGCAUGACCCAGUUGGUUCUCGGACGAGUUUGGGAAGCUGCAAGAGUUGCCCCUCACGGAGCACUCGAGUGGCUGGCCCUUGCCGUUGCUAGAAGCAAAUUGGCCCAUGCCUGGGUCUUGCAGGGCCUCGAUACCUGGCUGCAGCAUUUCCUUCUGGAACACUCGAAUCAGAGGGUCAGAUCCGCAGCUGCAUUUUUGCUCGUAUCUCUGGUUCCCUCCACCCACUUCAGGCAAGGAUACAGAACGGCGCAUAGACUCGGCCUGGGAUGUAAUUCUGCAAGGGAAUUGCAACUCUCAUCGGAAGCAACCCUGGUUCUUCACCAGAUUUAUACAGCGCUGUUGAGACUCUUACAACCAGCCAGACAUUACAUCGACAUCCAAACACACGGAACGAUGAAACUCACUGCCUAUUUUGCAUUACUUACUUACUGCGUUGUUUCUAAGACUGAAAAACUGAUGUUUGGACAAUACUUGAAUGAUUUGUGGACAUUGUUUCAUCCAAAAUUAUCGGAGCCAAGUAUACCCGUACAUCACAAUAAACAAGCCGUAUUAUUAUUCUGGUAUCAUGUAUGUUCCGACUGUCCUGAGAAUGUCGCAAUGAUACUGCACAAUCCACACAUCACAAAGAAUAUUGCAUUUAAUUAUAUAUUAGCCGAUCACGAAGACCAAGAUGUUGUUUUAUUUAAUCGUGUUAUGCUUCCUGCGUACUACGGUUUGCUCAGACUCUGUUGUCAACAGUCUCGUGCCUUUACGCGACAAUUGGCAGCUCAUCAAAAUAUCCAAUGGGCGUUCAAGAACAUUACCCCACACCCUACUCAAUAUUCUACUGCUGUCGAUGAACUGUUCAAACUAAUGCAGCUUUUGGUAGCUAGACAUCAGGAUCAAACGGAACAAGAAGAAGCCGAAAUUGCUUCUUUUCGACGAGGCACCCUGUCCUCUUACCUGCAAGGCUUGGACGGGCGCUCGUGCUGGGCGACGCUCAUCUCUGCGUUUAGAAUCCUUAUCGAAUCCGACGAUGAUCGUCUGUACGUCGUCUACAAUGGCGGGCUGAGUAUGGCGCUGGAGGCAUUUCAUAUGCUUCACAUAAUGUACCAUGAAGCGACGGCUUGCCAUGUAGCCGGAGACCUGGCAGAGUUGAUAGCGAUCAUAGUCGAGUUGAUACGCUGCGUCAGAACAGCUCGCGACGGUCCAGACGCAAGAAAUAUACUAGCAAACAGCAAGGAAUGGCCGGACGUACUGAGAAAACUAGCCACUCUGCUUAACACAUACAAUCCGCCUGAUAUGAGAACACUGGCUAUCGACCUUCUCAAAGAGUUGGUGAUGCUCGUGCCCGGCGAAGCUAUUUCCAUCCUGGCCCCAUUGCUCUCUCAUUGUCACGCAGCCCUCCAGGAGUCCCACGCAGCCGUUCCUCCCGGCCCUUAUCUACCCCGGCGGUCAAAUCCACCUGGAAAAAUGGCCUCUAGACCCGCUCGACCCAUGGUGCAGAUGGCAGUUCCCCAUUCUCAACUAGAAGCGUCCAAAGGUGUUGACCUCGAGUACGACGGUGCUCUGCUUGAGUUUUACUUACCGUAUCACGAGCUGAUCGAUGUCAUGUGCAGAUUGGCUAUAAACAAUGACUGCAUGACCGACACAUUGGUUAAUCUCAGUGCGAUGCUUGGUUUCGAAGGGGUUCCUCUUCAUCUGGCGCUGUUUCCACGAUUAUGGCUGGACGUGCACGCGGCAACGCAUAUUGAUAGAAAGCACAUAGCCGCGUUACUCUGUUCAUCAUACACGGUGGAUUACGUGGACGCGGUGCUCCUUGACGAGAGAUCGUCACUCGGUGUGCCGGCUAUACACGCCUUCCUGAAGACUUUUUUUCCAAAAUUAGCCAGCCACGUUUUGACCGAGCAGACUUGUUCCCUGAUCGACAAUCUCGUCAGCUCGCUGACCGCGAUGGUGGAGGCGGUGGACGUUCAAGUUGCUGCGCACAGAUUAACCGGAGAUCUGAGGGCUCUGGCUCUCGUUUACAGCAGUGGCACAAGGCUCAAACCUCCCGGCGGUCUUCAGCCGGCCUUGGACACGCUUCUAGCUAGGACGAGGGCGGCUAAGGCGAAAGAGGCCGGACAGACGGAGCUCGAAGCGCCAUCUAAGAAGCGGAAGUUGAGCUCGAGUGAGGAAGAGGAGCAGGAUGACAAACCCACUCUUUUGUUGGUCGACGAUGCGACGACGAAGGAAGAAAAAGCCGGCUUCGUUCUUAACGUGGAUGAUAAAAUUCAGUGCGGUGACAAAGAAGAUUGUCCUAACGUGUCGCGAAUAGACGAAGAGGACAAGCCGGGUGAUUCGGUUAAAUCAAAGACUGUAGCAACUAAUAUUACGACCGUAUCUUCCACCGCUGUUUGCGGCACGACGACAACAACUACGACAACCACGACAACCGCAAGCAGCUGUUUUAGUCAGAUACGCUGUUCGCUGACCAAUGUAUCGUGGCUUGAAAUGCUUGAGAAAACAAUCGUUGACCUACAAAUGAUUGUGCAAUUGCAAAUUAAGAACAAUUAAUUAACAGUAAUAAUUAUAUUUAAAAAAGACUGGUUUUUGUGCAGAUGCUCUGGCCGGCGGUCUGGUUGUUGAAAAAAUACGCGUCAUGCAUUUAAUCUGGGGUUUUCAUAUUUCAUGAAUUGUUGGUUUUCCACUGUGUAUAAAAUUCUGCAGUCAUUUUUCCAAACAGAAAUCAUAUAUUUUUUCUUUUUCUUCUUGGCAUAAUAUCCAUUCUGUUAAAAUUAUUAUCAACUUUACUAUUAUAACAAGCAUCGGUUGCUAUUAUAUGGAACGGGAAUCUUCGACAAGCAAUAACAUACAGAAAGAGUCGUAAAGACGAAAAUGUGAGUACAAUCAUAGUAUCACACGCUUGUGAAUAAAUAAAUGAAAAAAGAAAAUGAAUAAUAAAUUGUCAUGCCAUCACUCAA